CUCGCUUACAGUACCGCUAUUUACCGAGGUUUCAAGCUUUGUGCUGACGGCCCCACCAACGGCGCUGUGUCAAAAGGAAAUCCUAGUAGGUCUAUAUUACCUGCGUCGGCCGUCAGCUCAACAACUUCGCGCUCUCUUCUCCCACCAUAUUUCAAAUAUUCCCCGCCACGUGCCUCCCUUUCCAACUUUCUACACCCACCUCGCAAUGAGUUCCACGCUGCGGAAUUUCAGACUGGGUGUGGCCGUAUUGAUGUUCGGCGUAUUUUACCAGUCAUGGCUCAAGGAAGUCCUCUUUGAGGUCAUUGGCGUGGGCCGUGUCAUCCAGCCAAUCGAGGACUUUCCCUAUAAAUGUCGACGAAUAAAUCAUGAGCAUCUCGAGGCGUGCGAGGACUUGUGGUUGGAUGAUCAAGAGCGUGUUCUGUAUCUUGCGUGCUCCGGGACUGAGAGUCGGAUUCAAUGGAAUCCAGCAAUUGGAGGACUCAAUGUUUCUGGGCGCCGGCCUGGUGGUUCGGAACUCAUGGCACUGAAUAUCGACUUGCCAGGAACCAGUGGCAUGUUCGGAAUCCAUGGUAUUGAGCCGGUGGGAUAUGAUGGCGCAACAGGUGACGGCACACUCGACCUUCUCGGGUUUGACGUUGAGGUUGUUGACGCCGCAACAUUGCGAUUCUGGCUCAUUAAUCACAGACCACCGGUAGAUGCCAACAAGAAGAUUCUCGAUGCGACGAAGGCCGGGGCAAAUUCCACCAUUGAUGUGUUUGAGUUGAAACGUGGAAAAGAUAAAAUGGUCCAUGUCAAGACUGUGUUUGAUCGCGAGGUUAAGACUCCCAACAACAUUGCCGCCAUGGGAGAUGGGUCGUUCGUGGCUACCAACGACCACUCAGCAAAAGUCGGCUUUCGUAAAGAACUCGACAUCUUCAUCGGUGGCGGCAACGUUGCGUACUGUCCUGCUUCAGGCCCUUGCAAAGCAGCUACCCACUCGAAGUUCCGCUUCCCAAAUGGCCUUGUACGCGGUAUUGACGGUCUCGUAUAUGUUCCCGAAUCGGCAAGAGGCAGCAUCCGUGUUAUGGAACUUCAGGAAGACGGCACCCUGAAAGAGGUAGAUUUGAUCAGAAUCGGAAUGCCGAUUGACAACCUCUCCCUUGACGUCAAUGGCGACAUUUGGGGUGCUGGUCUUCCGAAAGCGCUCCAAGCAGUCCCAGCAGCGCACGAUCCUUACAAGGCGCAGGCUCCUACGACUGUGUGGCGUGUCUCAAAAACUCCCGAAGGGUAUAAGACUUUCAAGGUGCUGGAGGAUCGGGACAUGAAGGUUCUCACCCAAAUCGCCACGAUUCAGCACGACGUUAAGACCGGGAGAUUGUUCAUUGUCGGUCCAUCGGCCCCAUACUUGACCGUCUGCGAGCCAUCGUGAGGGACACAGGGGUGAACCCCGCUAGGCCCAAUUUGGUCGGUCACUUCUCCUCUCCCGAACGAAGGGCAGCUUCAGAUCCAUAGCUUUGAGCUCCUACCAAUUCAAUCAAAUUUCGGUACUCAAAUAAUUGAUUAUUCUGUUU